CCUUUUUAGUGUAUUGGAGCCGAGCCUCAUUCAGGCUGCCGCACUUUGAAGAGCAGCCUGAUGGUUUCUCUGAAGCAGUGGACCUGGUUAAUCCGGAUCCAGGUGCUCAGGGUGUUGUUAAAUCCUUCAGGGAAGUGUCUUUGUUGUUGAAGUAAACAACCGGUAGGCAGGUUGAGAACGGGAGGGGAAACAGGGUGUGGCGUCGUCAAAAACCUGUGCUGCUCCCUCGCCGUUGCUUAUGAUUUCUGCAUCGGGCUGAAGCAGCACUGUGAGGUUUUCCCCUUCAUGCCUUGCAGCCUGCAACACCAACAGGGGAAGACAAACAGUGAGGAAUUUGUCAAAAGUGAUAUGAAGGAUUUGGAGGUGGCGUAACACUGACAUGCUGUAGAGCUGCAGGCAGAGACAUGUCUCGACCUUCAGGCGACAGUAAAGCCAGUGUCUCACUCACCAGCAUGUCAUGCACCACCUGAGGAUAAUCGUACACCAGCUUCCAGGAAGGUGUUACCUGAAAGUUGAUCCUUGUCUUACAACGACUGGCUGGACAGCUUGAUUGACGCUCGCUGAAACGAUGAGACGUGUUCCGAGACUCAUUGUUGUGUUCAUCAUUAGCAGUUUAGUUUUCAUCUUCUUCUACAUUAGCCUAAAAUUAGAGGCCGCCUAUAGGCCAAAGGCUGUUCUGGAAGACUUUGUGAGACAUUUCAACGACCAGGUCCAGGACAGUGUUGUGACUGUACAUUUCUCCAAGACAAAUGUCUUCUCUGUGCCUCCUGAUGUUGGCAGUGUGUCUGUUUCUGAUGGUUUCAGAACGAUCAUCCCUGUCAACAGUGCGUACUGGAACCGGCAGUUGCACUCGGUGCUCAGGCAGCUGGACAACGGGGAACACUUUCUCCAACGCAACUCCAACUGGUCCCAUUGUGAAGACACUAAUCAGGACCAACUGCAAACCAACAUUCACGACUUUUCCUCUUACCCGUACAUGUUCCAGGAGUUUGUACGUGGCAUGCACUGCAUUUCCGCUCCAAUCCUGAUCAGUCAAACCCACAAGUGCACCUCAAACAUGGAUAACCAAGACAACCAGAUCUUCUUGCUUUUUGCUGUCAAGUCAAGUCCUGAGAACUUUGUGCAGAGACAGGCGGUGCGGGAGACAUGGGGUCGAGAGGGCGUGUAUCUCAGUGGACUGAGAGUGCGCACAGUGUUUCUUCUGGGUAGCGCCGCACUGGAUGAUCCCAUCCUCAGCCCUCUGCUGUCAUUUGAAGCUAACCAGUAUGGAGAUCUCCUGCAGUGGGACUUCUUGGACUCUUUCUUGAACCUAACACUCAAAUUCAGAAUGUUUCUCCAGUGGUCACUGAAGAACUGUCCUCAUGUGUCCUUUGUCUUCAGCGGUGAUGAUGACGUAUUUGUCAACACGCCAGCAAUACUCCACUACCUGGCGUCUCUAGAUCCUUCAAAGGCCUCUCAGAUUUACAUGGGACAGGUCAUAACUCCAGCCAGCCCCCUCAGAGACCCCAAAAGCAAAUACUACAUUCCUGUGAGUUUCUACGACGGCCCGUACCCCGAAUACACAGGUGGAGGCGGAUUUGUCUUCUCAGGAUCUUUACUGCAGCCCUUGUAUUCCAUCUCACGUGUAAUUCCCUUCUACCCCAUUGACGAUGUCUACACCGGAAUGUGCGUCAAAGCACUGGGGAUUGUCCCAAAGGCACACACAGACUUUCACACAUUUGACAUCAAGAAGGAGGAUCGAGAGAAUCUUUGUGUCCAUAAAUAUCUUUUUCUGGCUCACCAGCGCACCCCACAGGAGAUAAAGAAGCUGUGGAAGGGCAUUCACAAUGGCUCUUUGAUUUGCAAAACCUAACGUACAUCAUGGACCAAUGAAGAAGCACUAAUGCAAUUUGUACUUACCUCUCAAACUCAGCACACUUUCUUGUAUGUUGCCUCCACUUUCUUCAUUGAUGAUUAUUCAAAACAUUUUUUUUCUUUUUUUGUGAGAGAGGACUGGAGAACAGUUUUACUUCUUUGCAGUAAUGCAUAUCUCAGGACUAUAGUUUGAUCAUAAUGAUAGCAGAGCAGCAUAACUACAGUUUACAUAACAAUUGUGCAUUUUGUGAUAAAAGCAUCAAAUUUGGCACACAUAUUCUAAAUGAACUGUUUAUUUUCAGAUAUGGAACCAUCUUGGAGCUGACCUCUAAUGAGCUACAGGGGUCAAUAA